AAUGACAAAAAAGAUGGCGGUAUGGAUAGUCUUGACUUUCAAGAUAUUGCCCACGACAAAGCAGAUGUAGAGAAAGGCGCCACUCAUGAGUUCACCAAUUUCCCCCACUCUGCAGCAGACUCUGACGAUGAUGCAGAUGAUAAAGAGCAGUUGCUAAAAGAUGAGAAGAAGGCAGCAUCUUUUUGGACAUUUGCAUACUACCAGCAAUUUUUUGAUGUGGAAACACAUCAAGUUGGCAAGCGAAUUCUCAGCUCCAUGGUGCCUAGACCAGGAAAAAACUACCUUGUCAAACAAAUUCGACCGAAUCCAGAUCUUUAUGGUCCCUUUUGGAUAUGCACCACGCUUGUGUUUACAACUGCCAUAGCUGGGAAUCUAGCCAACUAUUUCAGUGCUGCGGGCAAGAGUUAUCAUUGGCAGUAUGACUUUCAUAAAGUAACGUAUGCUGCAACUGCAAUCUUCAGCUAUUGGUGGCUGGUCCCUCUGGCGUUGUUUGGUGUGCUCUGGUGGAGGUCGCGCCAGACAAACGAGUCAAAGUUCACCUUUCUUGAGAUCAUCUGCGUGUAUGGCUACUCUCUGGCCAUCUAUGUCCCUAUCUCUAUCUUAUGGGCUAUUCAAGUGAGCUGGUUACAGUGGCUGCUGGUGGUCCUUGGGGCAACGUUAUCGGGAUCAGUACUGCUCCUCACUUUCUGGCCAGCGGUCAGCGAAGACAACAAAAAGAUUGCAAUUGGCCUGAUGAUCUUCAUCUUUGUGAUGCACGCUGCAUUAGCUGCUGGAUUUGUGCUUUAUUUCUUCUACGUGCCAGCCCCAGAAACAUCCCCUUCCCCUCUGACCCCCAUUGCCAACACGACCCUCCCACAGUUACCGGGUCACCUUGAGGGAGAUUCAUGGAAGCAACAGACUACCCUGAUGGACAAAAACUCGAAGUCAAAGCUUCUUUCAUUUCUGACAAAAUCCGAGCAGGCAGGGGCUGAUGGGAAAGAUGCGAAGGAGAAAGCUGAUAUGAGUUCAGAUGUGAAGAAAUCAACAGGCACUGGACCUCAUCAAAGUGGUAGCGUGGUGGUUCAGCCAGAAGGAAAUAAGGAGAAGACACAGCUCACUCAGGGUGCCGGUGACAUUGCUCCGGAGAAGUCCAGCAGUCAGGGAGACGGCAACAGCAGUGGGGCUGCGAAAAAGGCAGAACAUGUAGACUUGCCGGUCAAACUGCCCGAAGAGCAGAGUACCCAGGGUGGACAGAGUGGGGUGUUACCUGCUCAAGGGGGAUGAAGGGAAGGACAGGCUUAUUUUGUUUUGUUUAAUAUUGUUUCCAAAUAACUCGGCAUGUUUGGCAAAACGUCUGCAAGGUUUGUGUGCGUUUACUUUAGUGCGAAGUCACAGAGAGGGACUGGUGUGUAUGAAUUGAUUGAUCCUUUGUCUGGCCAGUUGUGAAAUGUGCUUCCUCCCUCAGAGCUAAAGGUGGGUGGUUGGCGGGUGCUCUGGUGUGGUUUGCUUCUUCUUUCCUAUCAAACAUCUAUCGUCUGUAUCUCCCCUCCUUCUUUUUCGUGUUUGUU